CCAACCUCACUCAUCGCCUUUCUUCUUGUUCGCCGUCUUCAAUUCCUCCCAAAUUCGCCCCGCAUUCCCCUUCCGGUGCCUCGUUCCAGCUCGCCGGUUGAUCUCCUUCCCCAUCCGGGCCUCCCCGGUGCGAAAGCUACCCACCCCGCCUGCUCCCCACGAGACGCGGAGGAAGUGGGCGGGCAGGCAAGCAACAACCGGCGCCGCGCACACGUUCUCCUGCUCCGCGUGCCGUGCGCUUCACCUCCUCCCAGCGGCGCGGAUCGAGGGGCAACGGGCCGGAUCGGCGGGCCGAUGAAGCCCGCCGCCAGGAAGGACGCUGGCGCCGGCGCCGGAGUUGCCGCAUUCGGCGUCUCGUGCUUCGACAUCAAGUCCUUCGUCGCCUCCCUCGCGCUGCUCACGCUCGUCGUGGCGCUCUGGCAGCUCCAUCCCUACCAGCCGCUCCUCUCCGCCUCCUCCCGCUCGUCCUCCUCCUCCUGCCCCCUCCUCCCCCGCCAUCCCGUCUCAGCAUCCUCCCGCGCCGCCGCCGCAUUCCCCGCCGCCAACUCCGCCGCCGCCAGCACAAAGGCGGCCGCUUCGACCGUUCCCGCCGUCGCGGCGACGAAGCCGGCUGCGGCCGUGCUGCCGGCGGCCCGGCCGCGGGACCCCAACAAGCGGGAGCUCCGGCCGUACGGCAGCGCGGCGGCGCUGUUCGUCCAGAUGGGCGCGUACCGGGGCGGGCCUCGCACCUUCGCCGUCGUCGGGCUUGCCUCCAAGCCGGCGCACGUCUACGGCACCCCCUACUUCAAGUGCGAGUGGGUGCCCAACCCGGACCCGUCGUCGCCGGCGCCGCCGCGGCCCGUACGGACCAAGGCCUACAAGAUGCUCCCGGACUGGGGGUACGGCCGCGUCUACACCGUCGUCGUCGUCAACUGCACGUUCCCCACCAACCCCAACGCCGGCAACCGCGGCGGGAAGCUCCUCGUCCACGCCUACUACUCCACCGCCUCCCGACGCUACGAGCGCUUCGUCGCGCUCGAGGAGGCGCCGGGCUCCUACGACGACUCCCGCUUCCGGCCGCCAUUCCCCUACGAGUACCUCUACUGCGGCUCCUCGCUCUACGGCAACCUCAGCGCCGCCCGCAUGCGGGAGUGGCUCGCCUACCAUGCCCAUUUCUUCGGCCCCAGUUCGCAUUUCGUGCUCCAUGACGCCGGCGGCAUCAGCGCGGAGGUCCGGGCGGUGCUGGAUCCGUGGGUCAGGGCCGGCCGGGUCACCGUCCAGGACAUCCGGGCGCAGGCGGAGUAUGACGGCUACUACUACAACCAGUUCUUGGUGGUGAACGACUGCCUCCAUCGGUACCGACACGCCGCGAAUUGGACCUUCUUCUUCGACGUUGACGAGUACAUCUACCUCCCCGACGGCCGGACGCUGCAAGAGGUACUCGGGCGGCUGGAGCGCUACACGCAGUUCACAAUUGAGCAGAACCCCAUGUCUAGCAUGCUCUGCGUCGAGGAUCCAAACAAGGAAUACUCGAGGGAAUGGGGUUUUGAGAAACUCGUCUUCCGUAAUUCGAUCACUGGAGUCAGGCGAGAUCGCAAAUAUGCAAUCCAAGCUCGGAACGCGUACUCCACAGGUGUACACAUGUCGCAAAAUGUUAUUGGAAGGACAAGCCACAAGACGGAAAGCUUGAUCCGAUACUACCAUUAUCAUAACUCAAUCAACGUCAUGGGGGAGCCCUGCAGGGUAUUUGUGCCAAAACCCACAAAUGGGAGCAAGGUAAUGUUCGAGGGGAUACCAUAUGUUUACGACGACAACAUGAAGCGUCUGGCGGGGGAGAUCAAGCCCUUUGAGGCGGCGACAAUUGGGUCCACCCAUACAUAGCAUCGGUGCAAGAACACCGCCGGUACAUAUACAGUUCUAUUAUUUAUGAUACCUUGAGCCCAUGUGCAUGCGCUCCCCAUGGUUCCCCUCUUGUGUGCUUUUAGCCCCUAUUCCAGCAAAUAUAGGGAAGGAAUCUGAUUUAGUGGUUGACCUAGUGUAAAGUUUCGGUUAAUAUUCUCCUUUCUGUUGGGUGCAUUUUCUUACUUCCCCUUCUCUCGUCUUUGUGAUGUUGUUUUCCGUAUCUCUUUAUAGAUUUGUGUAGACUGAUAGUGUUGGGCUUUAUCAGAUUCUUCUGAACUCCUAUAGGGGGCAGUGUAAAGUGUCUGAUUAUUUAACUUAAUCUCACUGUGUGAAUGGAUUGGAUAUGGA